UCCCACAGCUGAGAUCGAGUUAGCAUCUGAUAGCAAGAACUAACAAAGCUGUAGCUGGUGAUCAUGGCGAAGGGUUCUGUGUCUUUGGUGCUGGUGGCCUUUGCCGUCCUACUGGCAGCGCAGCUGAAGCCGGCGGUGGCGGUGGACGGCCGCUACAACACAACCAUGCAGGAGAAGGUGAGGAAAAUAGUGGAGGCGAACCGCUACGACGCCCCUGGACUCAUCCGGAUCCUCUUCCACGACUGCUGGGUCAAGGGUUGCGACGCAUCGGUGCUGCUGAACGUGACUGAAGACAAGAACGAGAUCCACGCGCCACAGAACGGCGGCCUCCGGGGCAUGGGGGUGAUCCAAGCCAUCAAGGACGCGCUCGUCGCGGCCAACUACGAGAACGUGAGCUGCACCGACGCUCUCAUCUUCGCGGCACGCGAGGCCACCGUCGUCCUCAGCAACUACACCAUCACGUACGACGUCGACGGGCCGGGCCGAAAGGAUUCCAACAUCUCGGUCGCGGGCGACGCCGGCGUCCUGCCCCCGCCCUUCGCCGACUUCGGCACCCUCCUGACCAACUUCCAAAACAAGACGGGCUUCGGCCUGGACGAGCUCGUCAUCCUCUCCGGCGCGCACUCCGUUGGCCGAGCCCACCGGGCCGCCUUCGACGACCGCCUCAACAAGGCCGUCACCCCCUCUUCGCAGAUCGACGACGACUACCGGAACGCCAUCGACAAGAAAACCUCGACUCACCCGACAUGGUUGCAAGCAGUCAUGGGAGCAAAGCCAACGCCGGACAUGGCCGCCACGGCGGAGAACAACAUCCGCGACAUGGACGACGUGAGGGGCGCGACCAAGUACAACGCCACGGGGGUGAAGCUGAGCCCCAAGAACGUCCUGGACAACAGCUACUACACCAACAACGGGCAGAACAUGGUGCUCUUCAAGUCCGACUGGGUGCUCAGGACAAACAAGGACGCCGCUGCCGCCAUGAAGCUCUACAGGGAGAACCCCGUGAUCUGGUACGGCCUCUUCGGCCAGGCCAUGGCCAAGCUCAGCGAGCUCGCCCCCGAGCGCCUUGAGAACGAAUUUGUCGCCGGUGGAGCCAGGAAGUACUGCGACAAGAUUGAACCGGCCAUCGCGUAUUAAAGCCAUCCAUCGCACGCACGCACGGACGUUUAUUAAUUGGUUUUUUUGUUUGUUUUGAUUAAUUGCUUAUCGUAUCAUCACGUUUCCUUUUUUUUAAUGAUCGAGUGCAUGUACUACCAAAGUUUAUUUUGUAUGUGUGAUCCGCACACACGGUUACCCGUUUUGGGAUAAUAUGACCAUUCAAUUUGUUUUGUGA